AUGCCCAGCGGGGUGGUGAAGGCGAUGGCGUUCAUUGACAACGGAUCCGACACCACGUUAUGCCGUACAAAACAGCAUCGCGACCCGGUCAUCUUCACUGACGAUCAGUACAGUGAAUGGCAUCAAGGCGACCAAGCGAAAGUGAAGUUGUUUACACUAGACAAUGCUGAACGAGUGGAUGUCACGGAAGCCUUCACCAUCGCCGACCUGCCAAUGCGAGCAGUAGAAUCUAUUGGGCAGUAA